ACAGCAAACAGGCACUAGUGGAGAAACAUGACUCAAACUUUUUUCUCCAAUGUUAGAUUUAAUUAGAAGAAGGGAAGUUAGACAAAACAGUGCAUAGAAACUUUUAAAGCUUGUGUAAGAGCUAAUUCACUGCAAUGGCUGAUCCGAUUGUUGACCAAAUGACUCGUUUUAAAUUAAAACUGCUAGAAAAGAGACUGGAGAAUGAGAGAGCGGGUCAUGAUGAAAGGGCAGAGUCUGCACUUUCCGCAAGAAGUUAUGAUGGACAAAAUGAAGCAUUACUCAGUGCUCUGAGACGCAAGAAAGACUUACUCCGGAGACUAAGGGAACAGCACAUGCUGAACAACUUAGCAAGGCCACAGACGUGGGCUGGAACUCGCAGACAGCAUCAUUAUGAAUCUCCUGCCUCGCCUGCACCUCCGGUUUAUAUCUAUCAAUCUCCUCCUCCAGCUCCUCCUCCAGCUCCUCCUCAAGCCCCGCAGCCUCCUCGAAUCAUCCAACACACUGUUCCACAUCCGCCAGCCACCAUCAUUCAGCAGCUACCACAGCAGCAGCCACUUAUAGCACAGAUUCCACCAGUCCAACCUGCUCCCUACAGAUCCGGCAGCAUUAAAGAGGACAUGGUGGAGCUGAUGCUCAUGCAGAACGCUCAGAUGCAUCAGAUCAUCAUGCACAACAUGAUGCUGAAGGCGCUUCCUCCGACAGCUGCCGGCAUGAGCAAGAGUCCUCCUGCGGGCCAGGAGAACUACAUGAAAACCAGAGGAGGCGCUGUCCAUCAUCAUCAUCACUACGGGCCUCCGCCGCUCCCUCCUAUUGGCUACUCAGCUUGGCCGUCUAUGAUGUCACCAGAAAGGGGAGGAGCUUAUCACCCAUCCAUUCACCACAUAACCGGCCCUGUAACUCUGCCUCCACUUAACACUGUCACUGUUGAUGGCCUGAAGACGAGAUUUCCUCUUGGAUUCUAAGGUUCAGUGAAGAAGAAAUAUGCACAUAUUUACAUUCUUGGCUGAAAUAUUUGCAUCUUGUAAAUCAAUAAUAAAAUAUUUUUUAAAUGUUUGAAAUUC